UUUAGAUAUUAAGAAUUAGUAUAAAUUUCGCCGCGAGCAGCAUGAACAUCAUAAUCAACCUUCGUCAGCGAGAGCCAUGGGAGCUUUAACCAAAUUCGUUAUCCUUUCAUUCUUGGCACUGGUCUCCACUGCUACCUCUCGAAACCUGACUGCCAAACCAUUAGUACAACUCUCUUCAAAUUGUGAAAAUGGCCCAUGGAUCAAUUGCGAGGAGGUCACCGUUGACCUGACAGCACUAAGAAGCAACCAACCUUUGAUCCUACCCAAUGGAGCAAAGGUCACGAUUUUUGAGAUCUAUCCAGGAUAUGAGUUCAGAUCAAUCACGGCGGUUUAUCAAUCUGGAGACCUGUUGAACUCCUUGACCAUCACUUUCUUCGAAUCGGGUUCCGAUGAGGUCAAUGCCAUCAUUCAUGAGGCUGACAGGGUCUUUAAUUUGGCGCCUUGCGACCAAACUGGGAGCGGUUGCCAUGUUUUAGCCCAGGGUGAGCCAGUCGUGGGGAAUUCCACGUCAUAUUACACGAUGAGGAAUUUAGAGUUGAUGACCAAGGCUGCCCUGGAAGAACUCACCGAUGUUGAGGACCAGCAAGAGCAAGGUAAAUUCCAACAAGAUCCUGACGGGACGUACGUGGCCACCAUCAAGAUCUACUACACAAAACAAUUCGCCGAAGUAGAAUCCAACGUGAAUGCUUUCAUCUCCAAUAUGAUUGCUCAGGCCAAUACUGGCUUCAAAAACUCAAGAGCCCAAAUUCGUUUGCGAUUGCUCUCUACCCAAGAGGUGAACAACAUCACUGAAAACCAAAGUGCAAGCUCCAUUUUGGAACAAUUUCGCACUCUCAAAGGUAGCUCAGCCAACCUACGUGGGACAGCAGAUUUCGCCCAUCUUCUUGUACGAGAGACCACUUCAAAUAUUUGUGGAGUCGCCUACCUCGGGGAUACGCGUUUACCGUUUGGGGUGACCAAGAGAGAUUGCGCCAUUACCAAUUAUGUCUUUGGCCACGAGAUUGGUCAUAACUUGGGAUGCUAUCGCGAACGCGGCCAAUAUAAUAAUGCUAUCCAUGAAUAUGCGUUCGGAUACCUGAUUCUUGGCACUCAAUACCGAACUAUUAUGGCGUCUUGGAAUACUACCCAUCGAUCAAACCUGAACCUUUAUUCCAACCCAAGCGUCCAAUUCCAAAAUGUUUCUGUUGGCAAUGCCCUGAACAAUUGCGCCCGCAAAAUCCGAGAGAAUGCCCGUACAUUUGCCAGCAUUGGCUCAGACACCGACUUGUUUGAAUCCACUACGGUCACCACAGAGACCGUCAUUUCAACAUGUGUGACUUUGGUUUACCGAUUUAUACCCGCUGGAUCUAGCCUGGUGGUCCAAUAUCCACUUAGUGGAAACUAUGCCAAUAACAAGCGAUGCUUGUGGAAAUUUGAGACCAUAUUCGGCCGGCAAUUGAGGGUGAAGGUCGAGAACGUGGAUAUUGAAGAGGAACAUCAAUGUCGUCACGAUAUGCUCGCAGUAUUUUUUUCCACUUCCGGGAACAAAGGUUUUUGCAAUGCUGGAAAUUAUAAUGAUUUCACAUCUCAGAAUAAUUAUAUUGUCCUGAGAUUUACUUCGAAUGGCUCAGUAGUUCGAGGAGGCUUCAGAGUGGUUGUCCAAGCCAUGUAAGGAUCUCAACACAAGUUGAUCAUGUGACUUGAUGUUCCGGCCAUCUCAGGCAUACAAAACAGUAUGACGAGAGUUCACCUAUGUUGAAGCAUUUACCAUUAUUUCAUGUUCCAAGCAACGUUUUCAAACAAAUAAAAAGCCUACGCAAAGUU